GUAAUAAAUGGCGGGUUUACUUUUUUAUUUCGCAAUUAUUUGAAAAUUAAUGCUGAUCAUUCGUACAGAAUCCUUAAAAGUUGUAUUAAAAAUGGCAUCGGCUGCAAAAAAACCUAAAUUAUCAACAUCGUCGCUAUCAGUAACGGCGGAAACAGGGAAGAAUGUUGAAGAAUUUAUGAAGGCUUUGCAGACAAAGAGAGAGACCACCGCUGACUCUAUUUUGAAAUAUAAUUUCAACAAAAAGAGGAUUAGAAUCAUAUCUCGAGAGCAGAUGGUCCCGGACGACUGCGAGGGGAUAGUGUAUUGGAUGUCGCGCGACAGCCGGGUGCAAGAUAACUGGGCUUUCCUGUUCGCACAAAAACUCGCACUCAAGAACGAAGUACCGCUACACGUUUGCUUUUGUCUAAUUGCUAAAUAUUUAGACGCUUCCGUGAGACAAUUUCAUUUUUUAGUAAAAGGUUUGGAAAAAGUAGCAGCAGAUUGCAAGAAGUUGAACAUAUCAUUCCACCUGUUGGAAGGUAGUGGAGCUGAGGUGUUACCACAGUGGGUCAUUGACCAUAAGAUAGGGGCUGUGGUGUGUGACUUCAACCCAUUACGAGUCCCACUGGGAUGGUUGGAGGGGGUCAAGAAGGACCUCAAGAAAGAUGUACCUUUAAUUCAGGUGGAUGCCCAUAAUGUAGUGCCAUGUUGGGUGGCAUCAGAUAAGCAGGAAUAUUCAGCAAGAACCAUCAGAAACAAGAUAAACUCUAAACUUGAUGAAUAUCUUUCAGAGUUUCCACCUGUCAUCAAACACCCAUACACCAGCAAAUUUGAACCUGAGCCUAUAGACUGGGACAAUGCUAUAGAAACAAGAGAAGCUGAUAAAACAGUGGGUCCUGUUGAGUGGGCAAAACCUGGAUAUGAUGAAGCGCUGAAGAUGCUCAAAAGCUUCAUUGACAAGAGGCUUAAAAUAUAUGCAACAAAAAGAAAUGAUCCGACUCAAGAUGCUUUAAGCAAUAUGUCACCAUGGUUCCAUUUUGGUCAAAUAUCUGUUCAAAGAGUGGCAUUAUGUGUACAGGAGUACAAAUCUAAGUACACGGAGAGUGUGAAUGCAUUUUUAGAGGAGGCCAUAGUGCGGAGAGAGCUGGCAGACAACUUCUGCUUUUACUGCGAGCAUUAUGACAGCGUGAAGGGAGCAAGCAACUGGGCACAAAAGACAUUGGAUGAUCACAGAAAAGACAAGAGAUCUCACAUAUACACAUUAGAAACUCUCUCCAAAUCAGAGACUCACGAUGACCUGUGGAACUCGGCUCAACUGCAACUGGUCAAGGAGGGCAAAAUGCACGGGUUCCUGCGCAUGUACUGGUGUAAAAAGAUUCUCGAGUGGACGCCCAGCCCGGAAGACGCGCUCAAGUACGCGAUAUAUCUUAACGAUCACUACAGCAUUGAUGGAAGGGAUCCCAGUGGAUUUGUGGGUUGCAUGUGGUCGAUAUGCGGCAUCCACGACCAGGGCUGGGCCGAGCGAGCGGUGUUCGGCAAGAUACGGUACAUGAACUACGACGGGUGCAAGCGCAAGUUCGACAUUAAGGCUUUCAUAGCCAGGUACGGUGGUAAGGUGCACAAGUACGUACCUGCAAAGGCAGGCAAGUAAUAAUCGAAUACUAUGUGUGUUUGAUAUUCGAGGUUUAUCAAUCGUGCCAGUUUGUGAAAAGAGAUGUCAAUGUUCUCGGCCAAUGUACUAGAUAAUAACGCAUAAUAUUAUACUCCUAAAAAUACUUACAUUAAAAUCAAGACCAUUACCAAUGAUCGAUACGUAAGUGUAAGUGUGGAAGUUACAAAAUGAUGUGGUCUCAUGAUGCCACCAUCUUUACACUCAGAAACUAUCGAUAAGCUGACUUUGAGCAGUCGAUAAGUCAGUAUUCAAACAUUAACAAAAUUUUAUAUUAAAUAAUCAGUAGAUUAGUAUAGUAUCGAGUAUCGAUAAAAUCCAUAGACAGCCUACUUUGUACCUGUCGUUAGUCUUCAUGUGAUCACCUUAUUUAUAUAAGAUAUGGUUUAUAAUGCGUGUGUCAAAAAUAAAACAUUUUUAUCGCACUGUUUGACCAAUUUACUGAAUAAACAAUACUUUAUCAAUUAUAGACAAGGACGUGUCCAAAAAAUGAAAAUUAAGCUAAUUAAGUAGACACGACAUCGAAUAUUUGUGAGUUUAAUAAUUAAAUUGUCAUGCAAAGUCAUGCAAUUGUAUAGCAUCAAAGUUGUUUAUUACGAUUUUAGCAGCAUUUUCUGACUACUUGAUGUAAUUACUGGAAAAUUUAUUUAUACAAUUAAUUCCUUUAUCUUGAUCACUGGUUCAUCGUGUAUUUUACAAAUAUUGCUACAUAAUAUUAUACAUGUUAUGUUUUUAUUGUAAUUUUAGAUUUGUAAUACAUUUUCAUAUUUCAACAGCUCAAUUAUAAUCUCGGUAAACAAUUUUAUCGUUAAAGUUGGUUUUAAUAUAAAAAUCUACAUAAUUUUUUUAUAUUAUACAAAAGGGUGAAUUGCUUUUAAUUCCCAAUUUUAAUAUCAAUUGGAUUAAGAUCUGUGUGAAAUCUACCUCUCCAUCUGACAAUUUGUCAAUUUUAGUCUCUUUGUCGAUAUUUGUAUGAACGUGAUCAUUCAUACGAUGUUUUAUGGCAUUAUUACUUAUCGAGACGAGAGAUAUGUAUGUGGCAUACAUAAACACAAUCUAUGACAAUAUAAACUAAACUUAAGGCGCUUCCUCCAAAAAAAUGGCACACUAACCGUAUUUUUAGGAGAUAUCGACCCAAUAUUUACAAAAUACAAAAACUUCAACAUACAUAUUUCUACAAACGUUAAGUCUUAACUUUUGUUGUUUUAAAUUUUUACUAUCUGGGUAUGGUGUUAUCAAUUUCACAAUUAAAAUACCUCUAAAAUUGUUGAUUCCCUGCAUUUUUUCUUAAAUUACACAUAAUUUUUGCAACCAACAUUAUUAAAUAAGUCUUUUUUUCAUUAAAUUAUUUAAAUCUACAUUGUCUCGCCGUAACUCGUGCGCCAAAAAUAUGUUGAACUAGUGAUCAAGGCCAUUUGCUUAGAGGAGGUUCUUAAGUGAUUAGAUAAAUCAUAUAUGAUUAAAAUUCAAUAUUACUUCCACAUACAAACUACUCGUCUCUACUUUGAAUUACAUACUAAAUGUAUUAAGUUUUGUUUGCAAUAUUUACAUGUUUAUAUAUAAGUAGAAAUGUAAGUAACCACUGCGGGUCAUUGAUUUUUAAUCACAAUAAUGUUAAGAUAUUAUAGUUCAGUAUUGUAGUUUGUUUCAACUUGAGAUAUUUUAUAUCUUGUUACUUUGUAUGCCUACUUUAAUUCUACCUCAGUUUGUCAAUAAAAUUGCUUUUUGUAAACAUGUUUUUAAUAAAGCGUUUAUCAAUGUG